AGCGCUGCGAUCGCGUUUAGUGCGUCGCGUUUGCUCUACGAGGCAGCUGGCAAAAGCGGAGCUACGACUUUCGGUUUCUAUUGGCCAACGAGUUUGCAAGUUAGCGUGACGCUUUGAUGUUUUAAGUGGAAGUGGAAGUGCCACACCAACACAGCCGAACAACGACAGAGAAUUGAACAACAACAACAGAAAAUAUGUCAAGCUUGAGGAAGACCACAGCGGCGCUGAUAAAGCGCACCAACUACUCCGCAACGUCGACGCUGUUGCCCCGAGCUGGCGGCGGUGCGGCCGAUGCAGGAGCCGCACCACAUGACGGCGUGGGCGUGGCAACGGAAAUUGAAAAAUCUUUGGCGUCUGGAGCGAUGCAGCGACAGCGACAACAACAACAACAACAACGAAUCGAAUCUGCCAUCAGCAGCAACACAACAGCAGCAACAACAGCAACAACAGCAGCAGCUGCCACAGCUACAACAACAACAAGCGCAACAGCGACAGCUACACCUGCUGUGCGUCCCUAUGAGGAGGUGCCCGGGCCUUAUCCAUUGCCAUUGAUUGGCAAUUCAUGGCGCUUUGCGCCACUAAUUGGCACGUACAAAAUUAGCGACCUCGACAAGGUAAUGCACGAGCUGCAUAUCAACUACGGCAAAAUGGCCAAAGUGGGCGGACUCAUUGGGCAUCCGGAUUUGCUGUUUGUGUUCGAUGGCGAUGAAAUACGCAACAUAUUCAAAAAGGAGGAGGCCAUGCCGCACAGACCCUCGAUGCCUUCGCUGCGACAUUAUAAGGGUGAACUGCGCCGCGACUUCUUUGGCGAUGUGGCUGGUCUAAUUGGCGUGCACGGUCCCAAGUGGGAGGCAUUUCGCCAGGAGGUGCAACAAAUUUUGCUGCAACCGCAAACGGCCAAGAAGUACAUACCCCCGCUGAAUGAUAUAGCCAGCGAGUUUAUGGUGCGCAUAGACGAGAUGCGCAACGAGCAGCAGGAGCUGCCUGACAAUUUUCUGCACGAACUGUACAAAUGGGCGCUCGAAUCGGUGGGCCGUGUUUCGCUGGACACACGACUGGGCUGUUUGUCACCGGAGGGCAGCGCUGAGGCACAGCAAAUUAUUGAGGCCAUCAAUACGUUCUUCUGGGCGGUGCCAGAGCUGGAGCUCCGCAUGCCCCUGUGGCGCCUCUAUCCCACGAAGGCCUAUCGCAGUUUUGUGCGCGCCCUGGAUCAAUUUUCUGCCAUUUGCAUGAAGAACAUCAGCCAGACGAUGGACAAGGCCGACGCGGACCAGGCCAGCGCGAUAGCCAAAAGCGAGGCAGACAUCUCCAUUGUGGAGCGCAUCGUUCGCAAAACCGGCAAUCGAAAGUUGGCAGCUGUCUUGGCCCUGGAUCUGUUUCUCGUGGGCGUCGAUACGACCUCGGUUGCCGCCUCGUCAACCAUUUAUCAGUUGGCCAAGAAUCCGGAUAAGCAGCAGCGUUUGUUCGAGGAAUUGCAGCGCGUGUUCCCAACGCGCGAUGCCCAGAUCAAUCAGCAUGUCCUCGAGCAGAUGCCCUAUAUGAGAGCGUGCGUCAAGGAGACGCUGCGGAUGAAGCCGGUGGUCAUUGCAAAUGGACGCAAUUUGCAGGCAGAUGCUGUUAUCAAUGGCUAUCAUGUGCCAAAGGGCACGCACGUCAUCUUUCCACAUCUGGUGGUCUCAAAUGAUCCUACAUAUUUCCCGGAACCCAAACGUUUUCUGCCCGAGCGCUGGCUCAAACAGGGCACAGCUGAGGGCUGCCCGCAUGCGGGCCAGAAGAUACACCCCUUCGUAAGCCUGCCUUUUGGCUAUGGACGUCGCAUGUGCGUGGGUCGGCGUUUCGCUGAAAUCGAGUUGCAUACGCUGUUGGCCAAGAUCUUUCGCAAAUACCACGUAUCCUAUAAUUCCGACGAAUUCGUUUACCGCGUCAAUUCCACGUAUAUACCUGAAUCGCCGUUAAAUUUCAAAUUGACGCCACGUGAAGAGUGAGGCAAGGAGAAGAAGCAGAAGAAAGAGGCGGAGGCGGAGGAGGAGCAGCAGCAGCAGUAGCCGUUGAGGAUUUGCAGCUGUCGCACAACGCGGCGGCUGUGUGAUAUUUUUAGCAGCACGCAUAUUUUUUGUUAUUGUUACUGUUGUUGUUGUUGUUGUUGCUGCUGMUGUUGCUUUUGCUGUUUGGUUUCCAUUUGCUUGACUGUCACGCGUUUGUCUUUUUCUUAAUUAAGCAAAUGUAUCUGAGCCAGGACACUGACAGCAGCGGCAACAGUAGCUUUGUACAUAUAUCUCUAUAUCUAUAUCUAUAUAUCUUUGUUCGUAUUGUAUUCGUGUUAGUCAUCAAUUCUAGUUUUACUGUACGCAGCCAAAAGUCGUAGUCAAUAAAGAGCCUAAAAGUA